GUUCGCCAAAACAGAUUCCCCUCCACUGAUGGUAUUCUGGUUGCCUUCCGCUUUUGGACUUGAGGAGCAACAUGCCCGGUGUCAUUGAAUUCAUUAUCAGCAUCGCGAUAACACCUCCAGUGACCGUGGUAUAAAAGGCAUCUGUUUGUGUGGCUGGAACCGCGCUGAGUUAGGCGUAGCAUUUCACUGCUCUUUCUUGCCCCACAUGUCUAUCGAGGAGGAGAAGAAAACUGAAUCCUUCACAGAAAAUGUGGUCGCAGUGUCAAAUGACACUGAUGACUUCAGGCUAUUGACAACAGAUGCCAGAAUGGCGGGAGAACGGGCACUGGUGCGCAAAUUGGACCGCCGCCUGAUGACCACUGCUGUGGUCAUAUACCUUUUGAACUACAUUGACCGUGUCGCUGUUACUGCUGCGAGGUUGCAAGGUUUAGAGCAAGAUCUCGGUAUAACAACCGUUCAGUAUGAAAGUAUUCUGGCUAUUCUUUAUGUCACUUAUUGCCCGGCACAAAUCCCCUCGAACAUGAUUUUGAGUUAUAUUUCACGACCAUCACUUUAUAUUGGGGCCUGCGUUAUUGGAUGGGGUCUUACAAGUGCUUUAACUGGGGUCACAACCAAUUUUGCGGGUAUCAUGGCUUGUCGUGUAUUCAUUGGCCUUCCCGAGGCUGCAUUCUAUCCUGGUGUCAUGUAUCUGCUCUCGCGGUGGUAUACCAGGAAGGAGCUCGCCGUGCGGUCAGCCUGGUUCUAUUGUGGACUUUUAAUCUCGAAUGCAUUCGGAAGUUUGAUUGCAGCUGGAAUUCUCUCGCAAAUGCAAGGCGUACUGGGACUUGCGGCCUGGAGAUGGUUGUUCUACAUAGAGGGAGCGAUAACCAUGUUCUUUGGCUUCUUGACCAUGUGGCUUCUUCCAGAUUUUCCCCAUAACACUCGAUGGCUUAACGCAGCGGAACGCCGCUUGGCUCAAGUUCGCCUUGCAGAAGAUGCAGGGGAGGCUGACAAGGACGCUGAUAACCUCACCAUUUACGAUGGCUUGUGGCUGGCUAUCAAGGAUCCGAAGACCAUCAUUUUCAUGUUUAUGAGCUGUUCGCAACUUCUGGGCCUGAGUUACAUCAACUUCUUCCCCACCUUGACUCAGACGCUUGGUUACGGCACUACUGUUACGUUUUUGAUGGCGGCUCCUCCAUGGGUGUUUGCGGCAACCCUCUGCGUAUUAAACGCAUGGCAUGCAGAUAGGUCUGGAGAGCGAUUCUUCCAUAUCGCUACUUGGUGGUGGGUGGUCAUCCUUGGAUACAUCAUCUCGCUAGCCACCAUGGCUACGGGUGGACGAUACUUUUCCUUGUUCCUUAUGACCACCGGAUACUGUGGUUUUGCCUUGACAUUGACCUGGGUUUCAAACGCCAUUCCUCGUCCACCAGCAAAACGCGCCGUAGCUAUGGGUCUUGUCAAUGGGUUUGGAAACCUCGGUAAUAUGAUGGGUUCAUAUGUCUGGAAUGCCGCAUGGGGGCCUCAGUACCAUCAAUCCAUGAUUAUAGCAUUGUGCAGUCUCGUUUUGUCCACAGUUUUGGGCUUCCUAAUGCGGUGGAUAUUAAUGAACGAGAAUAAGAAAAUGGAUCAAGAGGAGAAGAAAUUCACGGAGGGCCCUGGACGCCAACGUAUUGAGGAGGCUGCUAGAUUGGAAGGCAUUACAUUCGAUGAGGCUGUGAAAAGAAGGAAGGGCUUCAGGUAUCUGUAUUGAUUUUUUAAGAGACGCUCGAGUCAUGUACAAUAGAUUUGUGAUAGAGCUGGACUCCUGUAUUACAUAAACUUGAU